CAAAUGCUCAAAGGGGGAGAGAGUAGAGGACCACUCCGAGACCCACAAGGGUUGUUGUUUUUCUUCCCCAUGCACUAUUUGUUUUGCACUCCCGUGCGCUCCAAGGACUUCUAAAUGAUCCAGCGCGCUCCUCCAAAAAGGGGGCUCUCGGGACUUGUACCGUCUUUUUCUUCUAGUGGGGGGAUCCGCUAUAGCAGAGAGGACGCAGGAGCCGGAGGGCAGUUUUGUUGCAUCGAAAUCCCUGCGAUGGAUUGAUCCGCUGCAGAAACUCCGCUAAACUUGUGGAGAACUUUUUUUUUUUUUACAUUUUUUUUUUUAUACUGCCGUGAGUUUCUAGUUGACCUCCCCCGGCCUGAUCAUGUAUGGAUAGCGGGAGGUUCUCGCCCAGGAAUCCGGCUCAAAUGGAUCGGCGCUGACGGGUUUUAUGGAGCCGGGAUUACACCGCGCAGUGCCAGCCUGUUGAACGCCCCCACACUCUCACACACCAUCUCCCUCGGAAUAAACAACGCUCCUCCGGUGGAGAAGCGGCGAAAAAAAAGUUUAUUUGUUUUGUUUUGUUUGUUACAUAUGACACUGUUGUGAGUUGCGCCCGUUUCCCCCGCAGCCAGAACAAUGGCGAGCUCCAGCUCCAGCUCUGCGGCACUGAGCGCCCGUCGCUGCGCUCUGCCUCUCGGCUGCGCGCUGCUGCUCCUCGGCUGCUGCUUCGCCGCGGCCUCGCCGCCCCGCGGCCGCCGGCUGAUCUGCUGGCAGGCCAUCAUGAACUGCCAGGCCGAGCCCGAGUGCAACUACGCGUACGAGCACUACGCGCGCGCGUGCGGCCCCGUGCUGAGCGGCGAGCGGAGGAAGUGCCCGAGCCACUGCAUCUCAUCGCUCGUGCAGCUCAACUUGACCAGGAGCGGGCCGGCUCUGGAGGACUGUAGCUGCGCCCACGACCCGGUGUGCACGAGCACCAAGCGGGCCAUCGAGCCCUGCCUGCCCCGGACCACCAGCACCGGCUGCACGGAGGCGCGGCGCCAGUGCGAGCGCGACGGCCCGUGCAGCUCCGCGAUGCGCGACUACCUGAACCACUGCGGGAAGCUGUUCAGCGGCGCAGUCUGCACGAACGCCUGCCUCAACGUGAUCGCAAACAUGCGCAAGAUCCCCAAGGGUCAGCAGCUGGACGCGUGCAUGUGCGACGGCACGGAGCGGGCCAUCUGCGAGUUCGUGAAGAGCAGCAUGAAGGCGCUGUGCUUCGACUCGCCCGCGCGGGCGGAGCAGGGCAGCGGGUCGGACUACGGCGAGUACACGGACUACGAAGAGGAGCUCCCGGGUCAGGACUACCCGGAGGAGCCGGAGAGCGGAGCCUCUCCUCCGGCGACCCGCUGCGCUCUGACCCUGCUGGCAUCCAUUUUGGCUCUAUUUGCUCUCUUUUAAUCCGCCAGGGGUUCUUAAUCUAACCCGGACUUUUUUUUUUGUUUGUCACUUUGACCCCGCUGUGAAAGAUUAAGAGCUUCAAAGACUCCAGGAGCAAAAAAAAAAAAAAAAAAAAAAAAAAGGGUGUUUUGUUUGAAUUAAGAUUAAGACGCUGAAGGAUAUCAAAUCAGGAGAUUUUCUAUGCAAAUGAGAGCAGAAAGAUGAUUUCCAGGCUCCUCUCUUAUCAAAACCCCCACGGCUCUCCAGAUGUGAUGAGCUAGAUUGUCUCCUAAAGUUGUCGCCAUAGAGACACAGUUGGGCUUGUUUUGGCAACAACCACCAAUCAGCUGUGCACUGCCAAUCUUUUUUUUUUUUUUUUUUUUUUUUUAAAGAUAUGAACUAUUUUUCUAUGAUGCCUGUUGCCGGUUUUUUUUGGGCACCAGUCUUAUCUGAUUUCAAAGUAUUUAAUGCUGGAAUCCUAUGAACUGUACGAAGCUGUAAAUAGAGCAGGAGUUUUAAAAAGUGAAACAGUAAUUUAUUACACGCCGCCUAUAGUUACAUCCAAAUGUCCACCGUGUGAAUAACAGAGAGUAUUCCAGCUUUAAAGGGAAGUUAACUUGACUGUAUUCUCUUCAAAGAUAAUGUGCAUUGUGUAUAUAUGUAUAGCCUAUAUAGAUCCCCCCCCUCCCCCAGAGAAUCCUCUAUGUUUUAGGCUAUGAGCUGAUUUAUUCACUGUGUACAGCCUAGAGAAAGACACGUCUAAAUCCACUGUAUGAUUUGCCUUAACGAUAUACUUUUAUAGGAGGCAUAAAGGAAACUUGAAGAUAUCAUUCUGGACUGCUGAGUGUGUUUGUGUGCUUUGCUGCAUCACUUCCGUGGUUAGGAAAUGUAGUUUUGUUUUGAUGCCGGGUCAGUUUAUGGAGGUUUUUUCGUCAGCAGUAUAAGGAAAGCUAUAAAUGAGCAAACUUUAUCACGCGACACUUUAAGUUUUGGAGCAACUUGCUUUAAGCCUAUAAUGUAAAUCUCUGAGGAAAAAAAUCUGAGAAUAUUUUUUAUUUCACACAGUUUUUAGUCCUUAAAUCUCUUUAAACUUUGGCUAAUGGUUCAGGGGAGAUGUGCAAGAAAUUGGAGGGAUAAAAGCAAUGUAUUUUGGUCCAUAAGUGAGAGAA